AUGUCUCAGUGCACAUUCGACGCCGUCUGUGGCAUACUAGCAACUGGGGACUCAGAUGGAAACAUCCGGAUUUGGGAAGAGGCUAAAGGACAAUGGAAUCAGUUGUCCUCUUUUCGCCCUGGGAUCCCAGGGGCAUUAGUGGGUCUUCAGUGGGUCCCUUUUGGGGGCGUCCCCUCACAAAUAUCCCUUUGCCUACUACACGAUGGUGGCCACCUGCUGUGUGUGGCCCUUGAGGGCCAGCAACUGUGGUCCCGUGACGUAAAGAAGGCGUGCUCCUGCUUUUGCGCUUCUCCCAAUGGAACCGGCUUCGUCCUAGCAUCAAAUGACGGGGAAAUGGCAUUUCAUGAUUCGAGGGGUAUUUACAUACGGAAGUUGGGUCUGAAGGCUGAGGCUGCAGGGCAAGAGGCCAUAAAGGCGCUGGCCUGGCAGCCAGGGUCUUGGUCCGUCCGACCAAUUCUAGUUGCGUAUUCGACUGGCCGCGGCAUGCUCGUGCAGCCUGAUGGAGACGUUCAGCCACUUUCAUUUGAGACUGGCCUCUCUGCAUGCGUAGAUGCGGCGUGGAAUCCCUCAGGCUUGCUAGCAGCAUUUCUUGGCCUCCCUGCCCUGGAUGUGCAAUAUGUCUCGAGGCAACUCACAGGAGAACGGGAAGGAAUGGUAGAACGGAUACGAGGGCAAAGCCUCGUUGCUGGGACGCUGGUAGUGUUGGUACAGGCCUGUGGCAACUUAAUGGCCACUGUGAACUUGGCCAAUUCAGAGCCCAGAGCUCUAGCUUGGACCAUCUGUGGCGAACGGCUUGCUGCAGCGGCGGAGAAAGAAGUUUUUAUAAUAUCGUUGCGCCGGCAUGCUGUGUGUUGCUCAUAUGGGGAAAAUUCCUUGGCAGCAGUAGAUCCCUUCUGCCACAAACAGCUUACAACAGAGGUCUCGUUUCUUCGCGAACCAGGAGGCUACCGUACUAUCCGACGCUUCAGGGGGCCCCGCUUUCUCGUGUCUGGAGAUUCCGUGUGUGCUGUUGUGCCGCAAGCCACACCUGCACUACCACUUACAUUUCUCUGGCAGGGUGACCGCUCUGGUGCCUUGCUGCAAUCACAGCACCAGGAAGGCCCGCACCGCCUAGCUGAUGAUAACGGCUUCCAAGAAUCACCGACUGCCGCCAAAAAUCCUCCACGAAAAACGGGGCAAGAAGGUUUUCCCGUAGAACUAUGCGACACUUCAGGCAACACUGUGGAGACUGUGGUCUCUCCAAUUGGCCCGACGCAAGCCGUUCUACUAACUCACUGGCUAGUGAUAGCAGACAGCUCACACCAUCUCUGGCUUUAUAAUCUAGCCCGUGAGGAAAAUAGUGCCGCGGUCCCGCUGUCUACACUGGUAGAUUUAAACUGUCUGUGCGAGUUGCCUUCCAGUGGCACGUGCAACGGAAAUACAUGCGCUUUAGAUGGACGUGGCAGAUGCUUAAUAGUAGCACGGUCGACCGGUCAGUUGCUGAGGCUACGCCCUUCUCCAACGCAGCCUCAAAUCGAGCUCGAGGCCUCUGGCGUCAUACCAAUUCGGCUGUGCAACCUGAAGCUUAACAGAGAUGCAACGGCCCUUGCAGGGGUGGACUUGAACGGACGGCUGCAGAUUAUAACCGCCAUCGCUUCUCACGAGCAUACCGGCAAGCUACAUAUCUAA